AUGACAUCGAAUGUAUCUCCUGAGACGACAACUUCAACAGUACAACCAUCAUCUGCAAAUGAUCUAACAUUGGUGGACUACUUUGUGCUUGUCGGACAUGAUAAUAAUGCUUUCCUCCAGAUUGAACCAGGCGGAACAAAUAACUUAGAUGCUGCGGAGCUAUUAUACAUCCCACCUUUGGAGCGAUCUUACGUUGCCUCAGUUUUGUAUCAUUUUCCGGAAAGACGUAGCGCAUACUCGUUUCCAUCCGAAAUUGUUUCGCUAUGUAUGCCAAAAGGCUUGAAAUUUUACACGCAAAACGAUGUUCCACCUCCAGCUAUGCAUACAUUUGCGAAUAUUCGUGAAGAUGGUUCACGUAUUAACGGUUGUGCACUUAUUUAUUAUGAGGAAGUUAAAGAUACUAGACUAUGUGAGUACAUGUCACAGCUGCAUACCGAACACGUACGGGUCUUAACAGCUCGCGAAAAAGCCACUGAACGUGCACACGUUCCUCCCGGUACUGUUUCUGGUGGUACACAUACUCUUCCCAGAGGAAAUCGUAAGAAUCGAGCAAAACGAACUUCAUACUACGAAUCGGGCAAUUCUCGGUUAUAUGUGGCUAAAUGUAUCUGCCUUAUUACCCGCAUACCUUUUGUUUCUGCCGGUGAACAUCUACUGACUGCACUUCAUUCUUUAUUCACUUCUGAAGUACAGCCUCCUCCUCUUCCUCUGGAGAGUUAUAUCUAUUGGAUUUUGAAUGAGGUUCCACUUCCAGCGCCGGGUAGCACAUUAAAGAUAUGUUUGGAUCGUGUUGACAUUGUUCUGCAAAGGCCAGGUCCUAAUGAACUACCUUUUUUCGAUCAUCCUAUCAGUUCGUUGUUCGAUUUGCUCACUGUUGAUAAAUUUCUUCGACUUUUCACGUGUUUUCUUCUUGAACAUCAAAUAUUACUGUGUUCCAGGAGUUUCCAACGUUUAAUGCUAGUAGCUGAGAGCUUGUGUUCAUUGGCUUUUCCGUUCCGUUGGCAACUUACAUACGUUCCAAUUUUACCUUACUCUCAGUUGAAGUUUAUGGAAGCACCGGUGCCUUUUGUAAUGGGUUUAUGUUACGAAGAUACCAUAUCAGAACAAAUUUUUCAAGGCAACAUAUGUGUCCUAGAUAUCGAUUCCGGUGUACUAAAUAUGCCGGAAGAUGUACCAGCACUACCAGAUAGAGUUGAAUUUGCAAAAGAAAUUGCAAGCGUUCUUAUGAGAUAUGAAGAGCAGAAUGCAGUUUUGGAUGGUGAAGUAGUGAGACGACAGACUGGUAUCACAGAAAAGGAUGGCUGGUAUAAGAAACGCAUGUCCCGUUCAUUUGACGGCGAAACAUUAUCAGAUAUGCUGGAGGAGGAUAAUUCUUUCAGACAAAUAGUGUCAAGAAAAGAUCUUGCUCCAUUGCCUUUUGACGAUGUCCUAAAACAGAGUGAAGUUUUAGCUAGAGUUACUGCAAUUGCACAUCGUGCAGGCGUUAGCAUACCGUUUGAAAAUAUUCAGAAAGAGUUGCAAUCCAAUGAUCUUUAUACAAAUUCUCCAGUAUGUCGCGAAUAUUUUAAGGAUAUGAAAAUAAAUAAUGCUCUCCGUGAAGUGUUUAUCAAUCGAUUUGCAUGGCUUCUUUACUCCUAUGAACAUUUUGUUAUCAAUCCUGCGUGCCAGGAUCUUGAAACAUAUUUUGCUAGUCGAGAAUCGGUUACUAAUUUUGACAAAGCAGCUUUUCUUUCCGACCAACCAAGUAAAAACCUACCAUUUUUGGCUGCAUUCUUAGAAACGCAGAUGUUCACUUCAUUCAUUGACGCGAGAAUUGUUUCACAGUGGGAAGCAACAGCAGACGAAAACCUCAUAAUUUUCGAUUCUCGAAUACAAACAUUACGUACGAAGUAUGGUCUUCAGAUGGUGCGUACUCCUACUUACGAGAAGGCUCCACCAUCCUUCGAUUCAGAAGAAACGAUAACAAGACGUGAAGAGGCACUUGAUUACAUUGUUCCUCUACCACAUGAGCUUCCUGGUACAUCGGCAAAAGCAUAUAAUGGUACGUUUCCGGAACUUAAUGAAAGUGUUUUGGAAGGUUCUUUUGUGCGAAGUCCAGCACCAUCACCGUGGAAACAACGCCACAGAAGGUUGAGGCCAAAGUUGUUAGAGAGUAUUGUUGUGGAUGGUAGCACAUCAAAUAAACAGAGCUCAUAUAAAUCGGAUACACCAAGGCAAAUAGCACAUCAGAAUUGGAAAUUUGUUGAACAGUUGUUGAAAGAAACUAAAAGUAAAACAAAGCGAAUGCUUGUGGAAAAAAUGGGUAGGGAAGCACUGCAACUUGGACACAGUGACGCUAUUGUGAACGGUCUUGAAGAGAAUACUUUAGUUGCUUCAUUUUGCGAUUUAUUGGAACGAAUCUGGGCCCAUGGUUCAGUGAAGAAACAGGGCAAAUCAUCCUUAUGGGCUCAUAUCUUACAUCAUCAAGAAAUUGAGAAGUUGGGAAUAUUGUCCCGUGGUCAUACACGGAGAAAUUCAGCACUAACUCCAGAUUUCGCUCCAUGGACUACAGCUGGAAAUAAUGUGGAUGAAAAUGUAACUGAUUCAUCACGUAAAAGGAGUAAUUCGAGAACUGGUAGUCCUGAUAUUCGACAGUUCUUUACACCACUUCCUAUGCAUAUUGCUUAUGAUUUGAAGAAUGUCUUACGGAUGACAGAUAUCAAAACUGACAUUGGUUAUGCGCGGGCAUUUGUUCGCCUCGCUUUAGAAAGAAAACUUCUUCAUAAGCAUCUCAAAACCAUUCUUGGCAACACGCAUCUCUUACAGCAGUUAUAUAAACGAUAUGCCUUUUUACGGUGCGACGACGAAAAGGAGCAAUUCUUAUAUCACGUGUUAUCACUAAAUGCAGCUGAAUUUAACUGUUUUACCAACUCAUUCAAGAAAACAAAAAUGCAGUACCAUGUUUUGUUGGUUAGUCGAAAUUCACGUCCAGUUAUUUCAUGGCCUGUAUGGGUGAUUAUCACGGGAUCGUUGUGCUCAACGGCUCCAAUCGAACUAAAACAGGGCAUAUUCGAUUUCACAUUCGAUCAUAAAAAUCUUGGUAUACUGUCAACGUUAAGAAUUGGGCAUGGUAAUUUAAAUGUUUCUAAUGGGACAUCUCCGAAGUGGUUUCUUGAUUAUAUAUUGGUACGAAAUGAAAUAACAGGACAGAGUUAUCGCUUUAACUGUGGUCGCUGGUUUGGUAAAGGAAUUGAUGAUGACUCUCUAGAGAGAUUGCUUGUUGCCGAAAAGGAACCACAGAUUGCUCCUAACGAAAUAUUAAUCGAAGAAUAUUCUGCUGAACGUAUUAUUAAAGCUAAUUUGAAAAGUCGAUCUCCUCCUAGGUCCCGAUCACCAAGCACCAGCCGAUCUGAAAUAUCAAAUCAUAAAUCAUCAAGUGCACAUUUGACAGAAAUUCAGCAGCAGCUUGGAGAAGCAGUGAACGCGUUAGUGAAGUACUUCUACAUUAAUACGGAAGGUCGUAGUCGUGGCGAAUUGACACAGUUACUUUGCGCGCCAGGGAAGGGUUUCGUAAGCGUAAUGGUUGUUGUUUUCACGUAUGGCCGUCAGGAUUCCAUUUGGUCGUCUCGUCUUUUUCGUUCAUACUACCCAUGGGAUUACAUUGAGAAGGUUUGCAUCUGGUUUUGGAAUCUAGUACAUAUGGGAGAUGAAAAUAAGCUGACUCAGGAGCAACGUUCUCUUGUCAUUCAAGCAUGUCGCCUUGUUCGCCGCAUUUCUUCCAAUACUUUUCUGGGAAAAGAUGGCAAAUUCCAGUUAUUCAUUUUAAUUGCUGUUCGAGAUCAUAUACUGUCGGGAUUGUUGCCAUUGAUGGCUUGGACUCCGAUAACUUCGCAGAUGUACGAAGAGCCAUCUUUUCUGCGAACACCGCAUUAUUUAAACUACUUAUCAAAAUUGAUUAGUUCACUUAAUGAAUUCCAAUUUGUCCUGGAAAAAUCACUCACAUAUGGUAUAGAGUGA